AUGGCCUCAGUACAAGUCGAAGAAGAAGUCUACGACGUGCUCAUCAUCGGCGCCGGCCCCUGCGGUCUCGCCAUCUCAGCCCGUCUACACGAACACACCCCCGCCGCCCUCUUCACCGACGAAGAACACCGUCGCUUCCACUGGAUCUCCAAGUACGGCAACAAGAUGCCCCUCAAGCACGUCCGCAGCGGAAAGACAUAUCCCCCCAAGACCCGCGCUCAGAAACCCCAGUAUAGAAUGCUUGUGCUUGACGCUGAUAGCGAUACGUGGAUGGGCCGCUGGAAUAGGCUGUUCAAGAUGUAUGAUAUCUCUCACUUGAGAAGUCCUAUGCUUUGGCAUGUUGAUCCGCUUGAUCGGGAUGCGUUGCUGGCGCAUGCGUAUGCCAAUGAUAGAGAGGAUGAACUUGUGGAGAUUAGGAAUUGUGUGGGCAAGGAGAUCAGCAAACAUGGUCGGAAGAAGAAUGGACAGCGAGCCUGUGGACGAAGACAAGAGUCCCGUGUUGAUAUCAACGUCCGAGAACGCAAUGAUUACUACAACCCUUCUACAGCUCUCUUCUGCGACCACUGCGAGAAGGUCGCUGCGCGGUACAGACUAGGUCCCGAUAUUAUCCGCAAGGAAGCCCUGGAGCAUCUCGACUACAGCGAAGUCAAAGGCGUCUCCAUUGACGGCGAGAAGCUCUUCACUGUAACAUCCAACAAAGUCCGUCGCUACGCCAGAACAGUCGUGCUAGCCGUCGGUCCUGCAAACGUAGCCAAGAUCCCCCGCCUCCCUUCCAUGUCUGACGUUGAGAACCUCCCGCAGGCAUGCCAUAGCAUGCACAUUACAGAGUUCCCAGAUCCUAUAGUCAAGCAAAGAAUCGCAGCACGGCGACAGACGAAUGUUCUUGUUGUGGGCGGCGGUCUCACUUCGGCGCAGUUGACGGACCUUGCUAUUCGAAAGGGCGUCACCAAGGUGUGGCAUAUCAUGCGCGGGCCUCUGCGGAUCAAACACUUUGAUGUGGGCCUCGAAUGGAUGGGCAAGUUCAAGAAUGCAAAGCAGGCACAGUUCUACUACGCUGAUUCAGACGAUGAGAGAAUCGAGAUGAUCAAGGAGGCUAGAGGUGGAGGAAGCAUCACUCCUGUUUUCCACAAGCGGCUCAAGAAGCAUCUUGCUACUAAGAAGCUUGAGCUAUUCACCGAGACAAGUCUCGUAGACGCUUCGUUCGACGCAGAUAGCGGAACAUGGAGUGUGCAGACGAAUCCACCGGUUGAGUUACCGGCGAUGGACUACAUGUACUUCGCAACCGGUAUCCAGACCGACUUCUCCUCAUUGCCGUACCUAAGCACAAUCAUGGAGAAGCACCCCAUCCAAGGCCGCGGUGGAUUUCCCUGCAUCAACAACGAUCUCAUGUGGAAUGAUGAAGUGCCGCUUUUCAUGAUGGGGCGACUCGCAGCUUUGCGUCUUGGGCCAGCGGCGCCAAAUCUGGGAGGAGCACAGGUUGGUGCUGAGAGGAUUGCGUGGGCGAUUGAAGAUCGUGUUCGGCGGCCGGGAGAGGGGGAGGAUGAGGGUGUUGGGGAUCUCAGGAAGGGACUUCGGAAAAUAAAAUGCGACGAGACAUGGCCCACGUGCAAACGCUGCACCACGUCCAACCGCGUAUGCACUGGAUACAGCCCUACGCCAGCCGGUAGCUUCUCGUGGGACGUCCUCCUGCGCGCCGCCCAACCGCGUCUCCUCCCGGUGACUGACCCCGGCGAAGUGCGCAGCUUGUCCUUCUUCCAUCACGCUGUUGCGCCGUUCCUCUCAGGGCCUUACGAUGGCUCGUUCUGGACGUAUUUGGUUGCGCAGAUGACGCACUCUGAACCUGCUGUGCGACACACAGUUCUAGCCAUCAGCUCGCUCUUCGAGAGCUAUAGUCUGUCGCUCAAUGUUGAGCCUACUUUCAACAGAUUCGCCGUACUGCAUUAUAACCGCGCCAUUAAUAUUCUGGUUAACCACACUGCGCCGAGUCUCGAUCUUGUGUUACCCGUCUGUGUGUUAUUUAUCUGCAUUGAGUUCUUGAGAGGGAACUCCGAAGCCGCGGUGAUUCAUGCGAGUCACGGCGUGGAAUUGUAUAAAGCGACGGCAGAUAACUCGCGCCUCGCAACCAUCCUCUCCCAAAUGAACAUGUUUCCGCUAUUCUUCGUUGAAGGCGGCGAUGAAUUCCCGCUUCUUCGACGGGAGAUGAGCAGUACCGUCAAAGAACCCCCGGAGUUCUUCAACAUGGGCGAGGCGCAAUCCAUUUUUGGCCAUCUUUGCGUCGAGUCACUAAGAAUCACCCGCGCAGUAAACUCAUACCAAUUCAAUAACGACCAACACCCCCCAGAAGAGGUGAUUGCCAUGCAACGAGAGGCUGAGCAAGAUAUAAAAGCCUGGGGCGCUGUGUUUGACAAGUUCCAGGCAGCGCGUCCUGAUACCGAUCGUGAUGACUCGACAGGUCUAGCACUCAUGCUGUGGUACAAGUUUAUAAAGCUGUGGCUGUCAGAGUGCCUGGCGACGAACGAAACGGAGGACGAUGCUCUGAGAGAUGAUGUUACAGGCUGGGUACGGAAAACAGCAGAGAGCAUCAAGAAUCCACAAGUAAAGCAUGCCGAAUUUAUCUACAGCACUGGCUUCAAUCUCAUGCUGCACUUCACCAUCAACCGUUGCCGUUAUCGCCCUCUUCGGAUGGAAGCUCUCUCCCUCAUGCGGAAGCUUUCUAGGGACAACAAGGACGAGUGGGAGGAGCCGCUCGUAGUUGAGCAUGAUACUAACCAUUCGGAGGAGAAUGAUAUAAAUGAUGGGGCGCUGUCGCCUGGUCGGGAGAGAAAUUGGAAAUCGGUGGUGCUUCAGCAGGACCCUAAGAAAAAGAGCACCAAGGAUGGAAAUCGUCGGAAUAUGUUGUGGAGUUAUCAUCUUAUAGAUAAGAUUCAUGAAUAA